AGAUAUGCUGGGAGAGUUACUUGUUUCCAAAGUGUGUGUGUGUGUGUGGUUAACUCUGCUCUUCUUUCUUGCAGGGCGAAAAUGCACGCGUCGCGGGAAGUGAAACCCAUAGAGCUCCCAAACUGCCAGCUCAUUAAGGGCAUCGAGACCGGGUCGGAAGACAUCGACAUCCUCCCGAAUGGACUGGCCUUCAUCACCUCCGGGUUGAAGUAUCCAGGAUUGCCUAACUUUGCACCGGACAAGCCAGGUGAAAUAUUUUUGAUGGAUUUGAAUGAAGACAAUCCAAGAGCAGUUGAGCUGAGAAUCAGUCCUGGGUUUGAUGUGGCGACAUUUAACCCUCAUGGGAUCAGCACUUACAUAGAUCAAGAUGACUCUGUGUACCUCUUUGUUGUGAGCCAUCCACAUCACAAGAGCACAGUAGAAGUAUUUAAAUUUUCAGAAGACGAUCGUUCACUUUUACAUCUGAAAACAAUUCGACAUGACCUUCUGCCAACUGUGAAUGAUAUAAUAGCUGUAGGACCAGACAGCUUCUAUGCUACCAAUGACCGCUACUUCACUGACCUCCUCUUGCUAUUCUUGGAGAGGUUAUUGGGUUUGCCGUGGACAAACGUUAUUUACUACAGUCCAAAAGAAGUUAAAGUAGUAGCAGAUGGGUUUUAUUCAGCCAAUGGAAUUAACAUCUCACCUGAUGGAAAGUACAUCUAUGUUGCAGAUAUCAUGGAUUCUUCGAUCCAUGUUAUGGAGAAACACGCCGACUGGAACCUCAGCCACGUGAAGGUGCUGCAGCUGGACACACUAGCCGAUAACUUAUCUGUUGACCCCUCCACUGGAGACAUCUGGACAGGAUGCCACCCCAAUGGUUUUAAGCUGCUCAACUACAAUCCUGAAGAUCCUGCCGCCUCUGAGGUGCUGCGGAUCCAGGACAUCCUGUCGGAGCGGCCGACGGUGACGCGCGUCUACGCCAACGACGGCUCGGUGCUGCAGGGCAGCUCGGYGGCGGCGCUCCACAGGGGCCAUCUGCUCGUGGGCACCGUGUUCCACAAGGCGCUCCACUGCCAGCUAUAGCCCGGCCCGGCAGCGCGACGGCGCCCGCGGCAAGGGUUUCAUCCCGGGAGAACUCACGUAGUUCCUGCUAAAUCGGCUACUUACAGGACGCUCGCAAUAAAGGUUAACCAGAGUCAUGGUCAAGUGCUUUAGGUUUCAUCUGCAARAGGGAAAGGAAAGUUUUAUGCAAUAGUAAAGACACUGGAAUUUAAGGCGAGUCAUUAGCGUUUCUCUCCGUAAGCUGGACGACUCUAAGUCAUUAAGGAGUUUAAGAAUAAACUUGAAAUUCAAAUUGUGAUUGUGAAGAGCUGAAAUUGUCAGACCUGGAAYUUUACCUGUUGUGAUUGCAUUUCCGCUUCUUUUCUUAGAGAAAACUGAUUUUUUACAUGAGAAUUGCUAAUUAAUGUCUGAUGCACUUGCCCUGUCACCGAUCCUUGGACUUUCCUUAGGGAUUGUGCUGGGGCCCUUUUGCUGAACCUUCUUGCCA